AUGACAAGCCUGGCCAGGUUUAGCGGCUGGCCUCUCCCUAGCGUCGGUCCCGGGGAGAGGAGCGGUGAGCCCAGCGUGGCGCUGCCCCCUUUGGCAGGGGGGCACACGGGACUCCCCGCUGGCACUUCCUUAAAACUUUGCCCCUCUCGCGCUUUGCGAGACUACCCCGAGGCGAGGUCCGGCGCGUACGUAGACCGCUUCGCGGAGCCCGGCGGCCCCGGGGGCUUCCUCGUCGGAGGCGGCAUGCCGCCCGGCACCGUCGAAAGCUUCCAUCCGGAGCGGGCCUCCGGCAGCGACGCCGCCCAGAUGAUGCUCGGGCUGCGGGACCUCCUCGCCCGGAACCACCCGUACGGAGGCACCGUCGGUCUCAAGGAAGGCGGGCGGCGGUUCCCGGGUCUGUGCGAGCCUCUCUUCGGGUGCGCCGAAGCCGCGGUGAAGCCGGUGCUGGCGUGCGAGUGGACCGGCCCGGAGGUGCCUUGCUCCGCUGCCUUCCGGACCGUGCACGAGCUCGUCGGCCAUGUGACCGCGGAGCACGUCGGGGGAGGCGAGCUGGCCGAGUACGCGUGUCAGUGGGAGGGGUGCGCCCGGGACGGGAAGCCCUUCAAAGCCAAAUACAAGCUGGUCAACCACGUCAGGGUCCACGGGGAGAAACCCUUCCCUUGCCCCUUCCACGGAUGCCCCAAACUCUUUGCCAGGUCAGAGAACCUGAAAAUCCACGAGAGGACUCACACAGGAGAAAAACCUUUCCAGUGCGGGUUGGAGGGCUGCAACCGGAAGUUGGCCACCAGCAGCGACCGGAAGAAACAUUCCCUGGUCCACUCCCACGCCAAGCCGUACGCGUGCAAGGCUGGGGGCUGCAUCAAGGCCUACACGCACCCCAGCCCCCUGUGCAAGCACGUGAAGCUGCACCGCUGCAAGGAGACCCGAAGCCUGGCAGCGCAUCCCGAGGAACCCGUCUCGGGGCCCCCCCUCUGCCCCUCACUGGACUUGGACGACUCGUCGAUCCGGAGGUCACGUCACCCUGCCGGGUCGGACGACGGGUCCACCAUCAUCACGGCUUUCCACCAUCAUCACGGCUUUCCACCAUCAUCACGGCUUUCCACCAUCAUCACGGCUUUCCACCAUCAUCACGGCUUUCCACCAUCAUCGUUCUUCCUGUCAGAGAAAUCCCACCGAGCCAAAUAG